AUGAAGUAUCUAUCAGGACAUGAUAAGCGGAAAAAAAGAAAAAAAGUUGAAGAAUUUAUUGAGACUCAAAGAGGGGCAAUCGACAGAUUUGUUGUCAAAGAAUCGAAAAAUUCAUCACUUGAAGAUUUGGUUAAUGAAGAAAAACAAGAAAACAAUGGUAAUGAAUUAGAUGAAGGCUUAGCCAUUGAAAAUGAUAUAGAGGGAGAUGUGAAUGAGAUUGAAGGCAAUGAAAGUGGUGAUGACUUAGACUUUAAAAAUAAUUUUUCUGAAAGUGAUGAUGAUGCUAUUAAUGAAGUGAAUGAAGAACCAAGUUCAUCAAUUCCACUUGACAUUUUUUAUCCUAAAAAUUGGGAGAAUUUAGAUCCCAAGUGGAAGGAUCAAUUAAUGGAAAAGGGUCCUAUAAGAGAUGUAUUAACAGGGAAAGGUCCCAAAGACAGAUCAAAUAGACGAUUCUCUUCAGAUUUCUAUACUCGGAUUUUGCCAAAUGGUCAAAAACACCAUAGAGAUUGGUUGGUCUAUUCAAAAGCACUUGAUAAAGCAUUUUGUUUUUGUUGCAAGUUGUUCAAAAGGGGGCCUCAACCAAGUCAACUAGCAAAUGAGGGAUACUGCGAUUGGGGACAUCUUAGUAGUAGACUUAAGGAACAUGAGACAAGUAUUGAGCAUAUCAAUUAUUAUGCUAGUUGGUCUGAGUUACAUAUCAGGUUAAUGAAGGGUACAACAAUUGAUCAUGCUAUUCAAGAUCAAAUCAAGAAGGCAAAAGAGCAUUGGAGGAAGGUAUUACACCGAUUAAUUUCACUUGUGAAAUUUUUGGCUAAACAAAAUAUAGCAUUUCGUGGUAGUAAUGAGAAACUUUAUGAUGAUAACAAUGGAAAUUUUAUGGCUGUUGUUGAGAUGAUUGCUGAGUGGGACUCAGUGAUGAAGGAGCAUAUUGAAAGAAAUACACAUCAUCAUUAUCUUAGCCACAAAAUUCAGAAUGAAUUGAUAUGCUUAUUAGCUUCUCAAAUAAAGAGUUCUAUUCUUGAAAACAUUAAAAAAGCUAAGUUCUUUUCUGUAAUACUUGAUUGCACUCCUGAUGUUAGUAACCAAGAGCAAAUGACUUUGGUUAUAAGAUGUGUUGAUGUUUCUAUAAGCCCAAUGAAAGUAGAAGAAUACUUUUUGGGAUUUUUAAAAGUGGAUGAUACAACAGGACAAGGGUUGUUUGAAGAACUGCAAAAUGUAUUGAAAAGUUUUGAUCUUGAUAUUGAUAAUGUGAGAGGGCAGGGAUAUGAUAAUGGGGCAAAUAUGAAAGGGAGGCACCAAGGCGUACAAAAAAAUUAUUGGAUAUAA